AUGCACAGCAGGAAUGGUGAACUGGGUGCUGUGUGCCAUGUGGCCAAUGCGGUGCACACAUGUAGCAACUGUGCCGCCAGCUGUGCAGCGGAAGAGGAAGGGGCCACCGUUGCAUUCACGAUGAAUGUGACGACGCAUAAAUACGCCGGCCCUUAUGAAUUGUGGUGGCGUCAAUUUUCCCCCGAUGGAACCAUCCAUCCGCCUGCACGGAGCGACGAUGCUGACCGGACGGGCAUCUGUCGGUUGCCGCCACCCCGUGAAGGGAAGGACGACACAAAAUCUGGUGGGACAACUGCGCCGCAAGUUAAUGCUGAGCCGUCACGUCAACACGAGGAUUGGCGACGGUCUGCGGCGGCUGACGGACCCAACACCGUCGAUCGGAGUCCCGCAUCCAACACGGCGACCAACACGUCCGAGACGAGACCUGAGUUUGCCAGCAAUCCGAACGAAGUGAUGGUCCCGAAUGCAUCCAAGAAGAGGCCUUCCUUUGCCAACGGUCCGAGAAUAUUAGUGGCGUCGAAUGCAUCCGGGAUCAUGUCUGUCACUUAUGGCGGCAGGGAACACGUUGCUGCGGGUAACACGGACGAGGUGAGUGAGCGCAGCGCCACUGGACACUAA